CAGGUGCUCCUCGUAAACUUUGCCUCGAGUGCAUAUGCCGUUUCCCACAAUCCCUUGCGGCACAACUAUACCACAUAUUUGAUUAUGGGGCAACACUGCUACGCCGGGAAUCUUGCCAAAAAUUCGAAAUAUUCAGUCUCCCCGUCGAGAUGAUGUGCGACACGACGAACCGAAGUUUCCGGGCGCAGUUAGCCGCCGUGCUGGACAAGCUAACGAAGGCGGCUCUGGUGGAAAUAGGCAACCUGGCUGACGAGUGCUCCUCCGUCCUUCACACCGAGAUAUCGCUGCACAAGACCGAGAACGAGGCGCUGAAGAAGAGGUGCUACUUACUGGAGGUCCAGCUGAGAGCAGCGAGGGAGGCGCAGACCUACCCUGCACAUGUCAACAGUGUCAGCAGCAGCCGACACCCUGCAGACGUCCCCAUUUCACAUCUGCUUCUUCCUCCAGAACAGCAGCAGCAGCCUGCUCCAGCCAUUGAUGGCGUUUUCGGAAAGGACUGGUGCAUGGAUCUGUGGAGAGAGGACAAACUCCCACCUCAAAGGAAAGAGGCAGUGGAGCCUGCUGCGAUGACGAGCAUGGUGCCACAGGCAAUAGACCUAAUGGAGCGAGAACCUGAUCUCAUCUUUGUUAAGGAGGAGACGUAUGAUGAUCCCAUUGGCCAGCAGAUGAGGCUCACAGAUAACAGAAAAGUGGCUGGAAUCUUUGACGAGGACAGCAUGCUUCACAGAUCUGUUGAUGAGCUGCAGCUUCACUCAGGUGAAUUAAACAACUACCCCAUGACGGCUGACACUCAAACACAACAGCGCACGCAGCCAACCAUUAUGGACAAGCUGAUCGACGAUGCAACAAUGAGCACAAUGGUGGACAACACCAAUUCUUCCUCGGCCACCACAGAAUACUCAGACUACACUAACAAUAUCCACAUGAACGCAACCAAAGAACCCAACGUUCAGCCAAGACCCAUGAAACCUGCCAAACGGUUUGAGUGCUUAUUCUGCGGGAAGAUAUUCAACUAUCUGAGCAGUUUAAAAGUCCACAUCCGGCGACACUCCGGCGAGAAGCCGUUCAGCUGCACGGUAUGCGGGAAGCGCUUUGCUCAGAAGACGUACCUGAAGCUGCACCAGCGCGUUCACUCGGGGGAGAAGCCUUACAGCUGUCCGGACUGUGGCAAAAGUUUCUCCCAGAAAAGCUCUCUGAACAUACAUCUUCGAACGCACACCGGGGAGAAGCCUUACAGCUGUGUGGACUGUGGGAAAUGUUAUGCUUACAAGUACGGUUUAAAUCACCACCAGUGUUUCAACUGAGAGAUCGAACCAUGCUGUCUGAUCUGAACUUCGAUGAACUCUUGUUGGCUCAAAAUGUGCCAGCACGUCUGUAGGAAAUGUGGAUUGAAACUGUAGAUUUGAAAUACUCCGUCUGCAUCAAAGGAAGGCUUGUUUUAUAGCCUGUAUGGUUAACGGUGCUGCUGUAAAAAUAUUAGUUUGUUUGACUUGUUUUUAGCUUUACUGCUGAUAGAAAUGUUGCUGCAGCCAAACGAGAACAGAGAAUAUCUGUCCUCUCUAAUGUAGAAUUAGAUUUGGUGGGAUUCAGUUUAUUUGACUGGUUGCGGGGGCACGUCAUUGUUGAAUUUAUGAUGCCCUCAACAAGCCUUUAAACUCAACUUCACGACACGUGAUAGAUAAGAGUCACGGAUCUGAUGAGACUUAUUUGCUGCUUCCAUGUAAUGUGAGGUGCUCAUUGAAACUAAGGCAAAAAAUACUUUCAUUGUAUCCAGGGUUCCCACAUGGACAAAAUUUCAAAACUUUUUAUGACUUUUCUAGCACCCAUGAUGAAAUUUCCACGACUGUUCACAAUGUAGAACAUGAACAAGGCACCUUUUUGAAAAAUGCAGUACAAAUUCUAAGUAGUAGAUAUAGAAAAUUUGGGACUCAUGAUCCCACAUGUUAAAUAACAGUAUCACAUUAAAGAUAAACACUCAGUGUAGAAGUCCAUAGUACAGGCAGCCAGUCCAAAAAUGCACCUGUGGCCCUCUGACUGUAGUUCAAAAUCUUUUAUUAGUACAUGGAUAACCACGAGUUUCGACUAGAGAGUCCUCAUCAGGGUGUAAAACAUGUGAGGGUCAUGUGACACAGGUCAGGUGAUAUAUUGGUUUAGCCCCACUAGACAAAAAACCACAUUGACAGAAAUGUGUGUCUUCAAGUGACUCUUUGCCCAUCCUUGAAGAGCACCUGAUUUUAUUUUAUUCUAACGACACAGCUUUUAACCCAGUGCAGCACUUCCUUUUUUCCUCCAACACUGUCACAUUAUUUGCCUCUUACUCACUCUACAUAUCAGAUUCAAACUUUAGUCACACAUAAUUCCAGCUAGCCAGCACAUGAGGAAGGGGAGGCAGAGUGUUAGGAAAAUAAGGAAGAAACAUAUGUGAUGGUAAACAUUGACAUAGAGCUGCUUUAUGUCAACAGCUACAGAAGAUAAAGUUGCUGUCAUGCUUCAUUACAUGGAGGGUUAUCCAUGAAAGAUUACUGUAACAAUUAAUUUAUUUUACACACAAUAUUCUAGGAGUUUUUCAAAAGUUUCAAGAUCCAUGACACUCCCAAGCUUGGAAAACGAGAUUGUAAAAUUCCAUGACUUUUCCAGGUUUUCAGUGACCGUGGGAAUCCUGUGGUGUCCAUCGCAUGUUGUCAUACGGUUGCCGAACAGAUAAUACAUACCUCAGUGUCAUAUUUCAUGCCACCAAAGGCCUGUGUCGAAUAAUGCCAAAAUACGUCGGACUACUGUUCCACUGUUUGCACACAUGUAGCAUAAACCUUCAAAUCUACCUCUUCACAACAGUGUGGAAGUAAAACAACCUCCUCUGUUUGCUUCAUUACCCAGCUCUCACCUCUGCUUUGUAUUUCACGUCAUGGCUAAUCUGUUGGCGUUUAAUUAAACAGAAAGAGGGCAGCUCUGUCUGUUUGUGAAACACAACUGUUAUGAAAUAUUGAUGUGUGUUGGUUACAUAAUCCUCAAAUGAGAUCCAGAAAUGGUGUUACUGUUAAAACUAAGUGUAUUUGUGUGGCUGCAUCAUAAUUGUAGAAAGAAAUGUUGUCAGUGUACAGUCAAACCAAAUGUUCAUUAUUUUUUUUGUUUUAAUUUCUGUUUUAAGAAGUUGCAUAUAUUUUAUUAUGUAAUGAACUUUCAUCA